AUGGUCCUGCCCGAACCUCGUGACGCAUCUCUAUAUACUAAUCCUGCUUCCAAAAGCGGGCUAUCCAUCGUGCCACGUCGCCCGUUAAGCCGCAAGCCGUUCGAUCUGACCUACGAGGGCAUCGAGGCCCCGCACUGGGCCGACCUCACCGACCCCAACGCCGGCCGCGCCGACGUCGACGACAAGGCCUGGUUCUACCGCCCCGAUUGCUGGCAUCCGAAGACGGUCGAGGAUUUCCUCAAGCUGAGCCCCAGCCCCAACGUCUGCCUUGCUUCGCCGUUCCUUGCGGCCCUUUUUGUUCUUUGCACGCCGCGCCCGCCUCGAUCAAAUCCCGUUCUCACCCCCCUUCGUGCGUUGCUCAGGGACGGCAGGAGCAAUCUCAAGUGGCGGGGCGGCGGCGCCAUUGCCUCCUCCACGCCGCCGAAGCCAAAGGCAGCGCCCAAGAAGAGGUUCCAGGAGGACAGCGAGAACCAGGACCCUGCGCUGGCCACGCCGCCCCCACGACAGGCGCCAACUAGUAGGCCGCCGUUUGGUGCCCCUCGGUGGAACAAGAAUGCCAAGGAGGCCAUCAAGUCCAGUGCUGAGAAGCGGCCGGACAAUUCUGAGAAGGAGGCGCUGCUCAACAAGUACGCCCCGCCGAGGCAGCUCAAGAGCACCCUCUCAGCGAGGAAUCUCUUCUCUGGAAAGGAUAUACUUGGCCAGAUUUCGGAGUUCUACGAUGAGCUGAAGCGGAUGGUUGGAGGCGGCCGGCCUGUCACAGACACACAGGAGGAAUACAGCUCAAACCCAAUGAAGGGAAAGAAAGUGGGGCUGAAGGUGGAAGCAGGGAAGCAAAGGUCUCCCUCUGUGCUGAAGGAAGUGAAGGCAACAGCGCCCACUCCGCAACGGUUUCCAUCCCCAUCGCCAAACCGCAUUUAG